CGGGCAAAGGGGAGCCCGCGCCCCGAUCUGCGGCUGGGCUCCGUCCCCCAGCCCCACGCCUGCCUGCCCAGUCCCAGGUGCGACACCGGGGCGCUACCUCUUUAAAAGCGCCUGGGGCUGAGCCUCCGCCGCACCAUGUGAUUGCUCGAAAGGCCGGGCUGGGAGAGCGGCGGCGGGAGCCGGGGACCACGAGCCGCCGGUGCGCGGUGCCGGGAGCCCAGCCCCGCCGGCGCCGCCCCGCAGCUCGGCGCGCCACCAGGUGCCCAGAACUUUGGGCACCGCCUCCGGGACCCCCUGGUGGCCAGCGGGCAGGAUGGUGCCUGCCUCCUGACCCUUGGCGCCCGUCUGCUGAUGUGCCUGGCCCGUGCCUGCCAUGCCGCCCUCCAUCUCGGCCUUCCAGGCCGCCUACAUUGGCAUCGAGGUGCUCAUCGCCCUGGUCUCUGUGCCCGGGAACGUGCUGGUGAUCUGGGCAGUGAAGGUGAACCAGGCGCUGCGGGAUGCCACCUUCUGCUUCAUUGUCUCGCUGGCCGUGGCUGAUGUGGCUGUGGGCGCUCUGGUCAUCCCACUAGCCAUCCUCAUCAACAUCGGGCCGCGGACCUACUUCCACACCUGCCUCAUGGUCGCCUGCCCCGUCCUCAUCCUCACCCAGAGCUCCAUCCUGGCCCUGCUGGCAAUUGCCGUGGACCGCUACCUCCGCGUCAAGAUCCCCCUCCGGUACAAGACGGUGGUGACUCCCCGGAGGGCGGCAGUGGCCAUCGCCGGCUGCUGGAUUCUCUCCUUUGUGGUGGGUCUGACGCCCAUGUUCGGCUGGAACAGGCUCGGGGAGGUGGAACGGGCCUGGGCAGCCAACGGCACCAAGGGCGAGCCCGUGAUUGAGUGCGAGUUUGAGAAGGUUAUCAGCAUGGAGUACAUGGUCUACUUCAACUUCUUUGUCUGGGUGCUACCCCCGCUGCUGCUCAUGGUCCUCAUCUACCUGGAGGUCUUCUAUCUGAUCCGCAAGCAGCUUAACAAGAAGGUGUCGGCCUCCUCUGGUGACCCGCAGAAGUACUAUGGGAAGGAGCUGAAGAUUGCCAAGUCGCUGGCCCUCAUCCUCUUCCUCUUCGCCCUCAGCUGGCUGCCCCUGCACAUCCUUAACUGCAUCACCCUCUUCUGCCCUUCCUGCCAGAAGCCCAGCAUCCUCAUCUACAUCGCCAUCUUCCUCACCCACGGCAACUCGGCCAUGAACCCCAUCGUCUAUGCCUUCCGCAUCCAGAAGUUCCGGGUCACCUUCCUUAAGAUUUGGAAUGACCAUUUCCGCUGCCAGCCCACACCCCCCGUUGACGAGGACCCCCCUGAAGAGGGGCCCCACGACUAGACUCCACCUUCCGAUCCUGCCUGCCCACAUUGGGGGCAUCUCAGCCCAGUCCCACGUCCCCACUGGUCCCACUCCUGAGCCUUCCUGGCUGGGCUGUGGGGUGUGGGUGACCUGCACCUCGGGUCCUGGAGGAGGUCUGGGAGGGCGGUCCAUGAGGAAGGAACCAGGCAACCUGAGGAGAGGAGGAAAGUGGCUUGAGCCUCCCCAGCUGUGUGACCAUCUACGGGCAACCCAGUGCUUCGGGCUGGAUGGACCUGGGGAGACUGAGGCUGCAAAGGGGCCAUGUGGGCUGGGAGGGCAAGCUUGGGCUCCAUGGCAGUCAGGGGAGCCUGCUCGUCUCUCGUGGUGGAUGUGCAAACCUGGGACCAAGCCUAAGGAGAGGAGAGGAUCCCCUCCUAGAUGGAGGGAGGGAGAGAAACUGCACAUCAUGGUCUUGCUUUCUCUCCUUUCUGUAGAAGGUGGCAGAGCCACUGAGGGGCAGGAAUCAUGGAGCCUCAGUCCCUGCCUCCCCGGACCCUGAGCGGCUAGCCAUGCCGGGUGCCAGGGUGCCUGCUGUCCCUGCCCCGGGGAGCCCAGGUUUAUACUUGGAAGAGGCAGAAAGAGCGGGUCCAGAAAUCAUUCCCAACUUUUGCUUUAUUCUCCACCAGCCCUGGGACCCGGAAAGGGGGCUCCGAGCCCGCUGGAGCUCAUGCGGAGUUGAAGGGCAGGCCGCACACAGCCACCGGGUGGCAGCACUGAGCCUUGCUCCGGCCCCGCGCGGCCCAAGGAGGAGCCUGGGCUAUAACUACCUGUCAUCUGGGCUACCAGCUCCACUAGCCCCUGAGGAUGGCCUGGACUCUCUAAGUGACGCCCAUCUCUGCUGUUUCUGGGCCAGAUGGAGAGGAGAGCCCCAGAUAUGCCAACGUGAGGGAGCAUUCUGCCUGCCUGAGGGCGGGGGUGUGGACAAGGGAAAGUGCUGACUGUGGGUACUCACGGGAUGACUUGUGACGGGCUGGAACAGGCCAGGGGAGACCACACCCCUGAGAGUGAGGCAGGGAGGUCUUGCUGGCAUUUAAAUGCCCCCAGUAUCCCUGGCACUAGUUUUCAGGGGCUUUGGGGCUCUGUGGCACAGUGUAAGCUUCAGAGCAUCCAGGGAAGUUUCCACCCUCUGCCAGCUCUGUGGGCCCUUGUACAGAGGGGUGGGGGUGGGGGGUUCUGUGUGUGAUUCCAGGUCCUUUCCUUUCUCGGAGGUAGGAUGUGCCCUGGCUCCUAGGGAGGGCCACCUGACUAAUAAAGACUGUGAACCUUGA